GUCAGUAGCUCAGCUGACAUUUAUUGAGCAGAGAGAAAAGACCACUUCUAGCUGGAUAUCACUCACUCACUCACUCACCAACACCACCUACACUCAAAUCGAAGUGACGGACGACCGCCAAACAUGACCGUCAAACCCAUCACCACCCCCCUCGGGCACUCCCUCCCUCCCCAUACUCCUCACGCAAUCACCACCCAUCUGCCUGGAUGGGACACCGCCCUCCGGCUCCGUGACGGUGACCCAGAGCUAGGCAAACAGCUCAAGAGCAUGUACCCGCGCUUUUCACCUCUUUCUCUUGUUAAGGAUUUGUGCACCAAAAUCCUAACCCACCUCUCCACCACCUCCCCCUCGUCAGCGCCAGGGAUCUCCCCCUCCACCCACGGCUGUCUCCCCUUCACCACCCCCGACGCCUUCCCGCUCUCCGCAGCGCACUGCAUCUCCCAUCACCGACCGGCGGAGCAUCGGUACAGCGAAAGCGAUGCUUCGGCUUUGCAGUUCAGGGUUGUUGAUUUUUUCGAUGUCCCUCUUAUCCCCAACAACGCCUCUGUACCCGCCGACGCUGCUGCGCUUACCGAAAAAGUCAGGUUGUAUCUGGUCAUCUACCCGUUGAAAAAAUCCAAGGGGGUGAUGGGUGUUUGGACGAAUCCCGGUGUGGGGAUCAGUACAAGGUUGGCUGAGGUUUUGUUGCCUCUCGUUCCGCUCCCGGUCGAAGGAUCUUCUUCACCUGAAACGAGCAGCCAGUUCAAGGUGUUAGAGUGGACCGCCACUGGGUCUGACUUCGUUUCUGGAUCUGGAUCUGGAAUCUUGACGGAAAAGGACAUCCCCAAACCGACUUACCUCCCAGAGUCCCCAGCCCACCAAGCCUUGCGCGAGAGGAUCGUAGCCCUCUGCCAACGUCUCCCUGUCAACCCCGCCAUCGCCUCCCGCCUCACCCCCAACGACAUCUUCCUCUACACAACCGGCAUGGCCGCCGUUUUCCGUCUGCAAGAAGCUCUCUUUAAGUCCGGACGCCGAGGACCGGUGGUGGCGUUGGGAGCGGUGUUUCAUUCUACCUUCCACUUGUUUGAGGAAGUCGAGCCGACGGAAGGGGAAGAAGGGGAAGAAGAGGUAGAGGGGUUCAAGCACUUUGGGGAGUGCGAGGAUUCGGAUAAGGUGAUGGAUCAACUGGAGGAGUAUGCGAGGGGGUUGAGGGAAAAGGGGAGGGGGGUGGGGUAUUUGUUUGUGGAGUUUCCUAGUAAUCCGUUGUUGGUUAGUGUGGAUUUGGGGAGGUUGAGGAAGAUCGCUGAUGAGUACGACUUCCCGGUUGUCGUUGACGAUACGGUCGGGUCGUUUUGUAAUAUCGAUGUGUUGCCGGUGGCGGAUGUGGUGGUUACGAGUUUGACGAAGACGUUUAGUGGUUAUGCGGAUGUAAUGGCCGGCUCAAUCCUCCUCUCCCCCUCCUCGCGCUACCACCCCCUCCUCUCCUCCACCCUCAACACCUCGCACCACAACACCCUCUCCCCUCCCGAUGCCGCCCACCUCCUGUCCAACUCCUCCUCCUAUCUCGCCCGCUCCCAAGCGCACAACCUCAACGCCCAAAUGCUCGCCUCCCUCCUGCACACCUAUUCCACCACCCACCAAUCCCCCCGCGUAAUCUCCCGCGUCCUCUACCCUAGCUUCUCCCCCUCCGCCUCCAGCCCCCAAACAGCUUACUACCUCCACCACAUGCGCUCCGGUACCGCCCCCGCGCCCAGCGGCCCGCCCUACGACGAAAUGGAAGGCAACGACUCCUUCACCCCCGGCUUCGGCUGUUUGCUGUCCAUCGAUUUUCCCUCGAAGAGAGUGGCGAAGGCGUUUUACGACCAUUUGCAUGUCCACCAGGGACCGCAUCUGGGCGCACAUCUGACGAUCGCCUUGCCUUUCAACGAUUUGCUGUGGGGCGCGGAGGAGAGUGUGAGGAAGUAUCAUGCGGGGUAUGGAGCGGUGCCGGAGCAGGUGAGGGUUAGUGUUGGGCUGGAGGAGUGGGAGGAGUUGAGGGAGGUGUUUGAGGAGGCGUUGGGGUGGGCGGAGGAGGAAGCUGUGAAGGAGGCUGCUGCUGAGGAGGAGGGGAAGGAGGGGAAGGAGGGGGAGGAGUAAGGGACGGGUGGUUUGGUAAGGAAGAUAUCAACCCACGGGAAAGAGGGAAAAAAAGAACGAAUGAUGAGCUUUCGCAAAUGAACAAAAAAGAAGAGGUACACUCCACGCACGCCCAAAAACUCCCCACCAGGUACGCCCUCCAAGUACACCCCCUUAAGACACUUGAAAAAAAAGAUUUCGUACUUCUAUUUGCAUUGGCUUUUAUCUUCGAUAUACACUUUUCCGUCCAUUCUCUAAG